UUCCAUUUGACUUCCCGAAAGGUGGAUCUCAAAAGCAGACUGGAGUCGACGACCACCGCAUUGUGCAUAGUUAAAGCUGACAUUGUCGUCCGUUGAAAUGUGGAAGCGCUCCAUUCUCAUAUCGUCUUUUACAGAAACUACCCUGCUCCAGGGUGGUCGCUGUCUCAGUUGCCAAUUCCGCAAUGCCACUGCUACCUCAACUAUUCAACUAAAACCAUCGCUACGCUACUACGCCAGCAACAGUAGCAAUGAUAAAGCAGCGAAGACAGCUGCGCCCAAUACAACAGCGAACAACAAGGUCCAAUUCAAACAGAACCAAUCCCCGUCAGUGCCCCCUUCUGCGGCCGCUGAACCAGGCGAUGAAGACUUCGUUCCUCCAACUCUCGACCGUCCAAUUGGCUCGGUGAUACCUCCGCAAGAAGGGCAGAACACAGGCGUCGAUACGCGAUCUCUGCGUCAAAGACGAGAUGAUUUCGUGAACUACGACAGACAUCUAGAGCGGCGCAAGGAACUAACAAGACAAGUCGCAAAACCCUACUUCCGCGAAUGGUCGAACCUACGCCAUCACCAGGGGAAAACCUUCUAUUCCAGCCCCCGAUUAUUCAAACGAGACAAGGCACUCUACUUUCCCAACAUGUACGGCACCACACUCGCCUCGCCCAAGGAACCCCAAAACACCACCUCCCAACUCCGGGGCAAAGUAUCCGUCGUGAACCUUUUCUCCAGCGUCUGGGCUGAGACGCAAGUCGCAAGUUUCACAGGCCCGGAACAGAACCCGGGACUCUACGAGGCUCUCAAGAACGGUGGUGAUCUGGUCCAGAAGGUGGAUAUCAACUUGGAAGAGAAUGCGCUCAAGGCAUGGCUAGUUCGCAGAUUCAUGUGGCGGAUGCGGAGUAACCUUCCUGAGCAGCAACAUAGGCGCUAUUUCUUAGUUCGGAAGGGUGUUACGGAAGGCGUUAAGGAGACUAUUGGGAUGAUGAAUAGUAAGGUUGGAUACGUGUAUCUGCUGGAUGAGAACUGUCGCAUUCGUUGGGCGGGAAGCGGGCCUGCUGAGGCGCACGAGCUGGAGGCACUUAACAAUGGCGUCCGCAAGCUGAUCCAGGAAAGACAUGUUAGUCUGGAGUCUGAAUUGCCGGCGGAAGAGUGGAGGAGGAACAGACACGGCGAUUCGGCAAGUCUGAAGCCUAGGGUUGUUAUGAGACCUUGAAGGGCAUAAAAAUCUUCAUGUAUAUACAUGUAUCAUAUAUUACGGAUUAAUCUCUUCCAUUUCAUGUAACCCAUCAGUCUCAACCUGAUCUGAUUACUACGGGGUUACAGUACCUCCAUCCAAGUAUAAAGCUCAAUAGCAUAUAAACGGGUCAAUCCUGUACACCAAAACCAU